AUGGAGUUUGAAGAACAAAAGCAUGAGCACCUCAAAGAACAAACCAGACUUCCAGAUUUUGCAGUUCCUAAACGUUAUGAUCUCACUCUAAAACUUGAUCUUUCGGGUUGUAUUUUUUCUGGGUUUGUGCUAAUUGAUGUUGUCAUCAAUCGAGCCACGAGAUUCCUUGUCUUGAAUGCACUUGAACUUGUCAUUCAUCAAGUCUACUUCACCAACAUUCAAUCCCAAAAAUAUGUUCCAUCAGAUAUUGUAGUUGACAACGAAACCGAGAUAGUUGUGCUGGUGUUUGAUGAGGUAUUGAAUGUGGGCAAUGGAGUACUGGAGAUUAGAUUUUCAGGGGUUCUUAAUGAACAAUUGAGGGGCUUCUACAGAUGUACUUACGUGGAUGGAGGAGAAAAGAAGAAUAUGGCAGCGACUCAAUUUGAGGCAGUGGACGCACGAAGGUGCUUUCCAUGCUGGGAUGAACCUGCUCUCAAGGCUACCUUCAAGAUAACAUUAGAAAACAUUCCAUUGGAGUUGACAGCGUUGUCAAAUAUGCCAAUUUCCGAGGAAAAACUUGAUGGGCACCUUAAGACUGUUUAUUUUGAAGAAUCAGUAGUUAUGUCGACUUAUUUGGUGGCUGUUGUAGUUGGUUUGUAUGACUACGUUAAAGACAUAACAGAUGAUGGAAUCAUGAUCCAAGUAUAUACUCCUACUGGUAAAAGUGAAAAGGGGAAGUUUGCUUUAAAUAUAGCAAUGAAGACACUGGACUUUUUCGAGAAGUACUUUUCAAUGCCUUAUCCUCUUCCGAAGCUUGAUAUGGUUUCAGUUCCUGAGUUUUCUGGUGGGGCCAUGGAGAAUUAUGGUUUGAUUACAUAUCGAGAAACUGACCUGCUUCAAGAUGAAUUGCAUUCUGCUGCAGCUAACAUAACAAGGCUUACAAUUGUUGUGGCACAUGAAGUUGCUCACCACUGGUUUGGUAACUUGGUUACAAUGGAAUGGUGGACUCAUCUAUGGCUUAACGAGGGGUUUGCGACUUGGGUAAGUUAUUUAGUUACUGAUAAAUUAUUCCCCGAAUGGAAAAUUUGGAAUCGGUUUCUUCAAGAGAUGACUAGUGGCCUGGGUAUGGAUGCCUUGGAACAAUCUCAUCCAAUCGAGGUGGAAAUACACCAAGCUCGAUCAAUUCUUGAAUUUUUUGAUGAAAUAAGCUAUAGAAAGGGCUCAUCAGUGAUUCGAAUGUUACAGGAUUAUCUGGGUGAUGAAAUAUUCCAAAAGUCUUUAGGUUCGUACAUGAAGAAAUAUGCAUUUGCAAAUGCCAAGACCGAAGACUUGUGGAAUGUUCUCACAGAACAAAAAGGCUAUCCGGUUAUCUCUGUAGAGCUGAAAGAUCGUGUUUUGGAAUUCAAACAGAAUCAAUUUCUAUCUUCUGGUUUAUGUUCUGAUAGUCAAUGGAUUGUCCCAAUUACCCUGUCCCUUGGUUCAUACAAUAAGCAAAGGAAGUUCCUUCUACAAACGAAAAAUGAGCAAUUGGAUAUAGCGGAAUUUUUCCAUUCUUCUGAUGUAAGUUCAAGUGGGCACGAACAGCAUAACCAGGAGGAAUUUGGCAAUAAUGGAUGGAUCAAAAUAAUUGUACAACAGGCUGGUUUUUACAGGGUGAAGGUGAAGUAUGAUAAUAACCUUAUGGCUCGGUUAAAGAAUGCUAUAGAGGGCAACUACUUAUCAGCAGCUGAUGAAUAUGGAAUUUUGGAUGAUACAUUUGCUUUUUGUGAGGCUUGUGAGAUGCCAUUUUCAUCUUUGCUUUACCUGAUGGAGGUGUACAGGAAGGAACUUGAUUACAUCGUGCUAUCAAGACUUAUUGAUGUAUGCUAUAGUGCCGUGAAUAUUAUAAGCGAUGCCAUUCCAGAGUUGGCGUCUGAUUUGAAACAAUUCUGCAUCAAUCUCCUCCUAAUAUCAGCAGAAAAAUUAGGUUGGGAUGCUGCAUCUGAAGAAAGCCAAUUAAAUGCACUGAUGAGGGAAGAGGUUCUGAUGGCGUUGGCUAGUUUUGGCCAUCCUCAAACUCAUGAAGAAGCAACGAAACGGUUUCAUGCAUUUUUAGAUGAUAAAAACACAUCACUUCUUCCGGUUAACACCAGAAAGGCUGCUUAUACAGCUAUAAUAAGGAAUACAAGUGCUGAGAACAGGGAAGGACUGGAUUGGCUCCUAAAGUUAUAUAGAGAAGUUGGAUCAGUGCAGGAAGAAGCAAGGGUCUUACGCUUUAUAGCAUCUUCUCCGGACCCAAUUAUAGUUACAGAAGUUCUGAAUUUGAUGUUAUCUGAUGAGGUUCGUCGUCAAGAUAUAGUUUACAUACUUUCAGGGAUAAGCUGGGAAUGUCGUGCCACAGCAUGGUCGUGGUUUAAAGAAAACUGGGAAAGGAUCCUAAAAACAUGGGCACCUGAAAUGCUUCUGACUCAUUUCGUUAGAGACAUAAUCGCACCAUUUAGCAGCCAUGAGAUGGCAGACGAAGUGAAAGAAUUUUUCGCAACCCACCCAGUUCCAUCAGUCGACAUGAAUCUGAGACGAAGCCUGGAACUAAUUAAUAGCAUUGCUGUGGCACUGCGCUUUGGAAAUUUGGGUAGUGUGGAAGCGCUACAGUGCCUAGUCGUUACCUGGGUAGCUCUUCAACACUGA